CCUGCGGCAGCGCCUGGAUCCCGGGCAGCGCAGCUUCGGGGCCUUUCCUGGCGGCGGCGGCGGCGGCGGCAUGGGCUGGAGGCGGGCAGCUCGCUAGGAGAGGAGCCGGCGCGGUCGGGGCGCCUCAGGCGAGGGGAGCCAUGGGGGUGCUGAUGUCCCGGCGGCAGACGGUGGAGCAGGUGCAGAAGGUCAGCCUGGCCGUCUCGGCCUUCAAGGACGGGCUCCGGGAACGGCCCGCCGCCAAGCGCCCGGCCGAGGGGGCCGCCAGCCGCCGCGGGACCCUGGAAGAGCACGCCGUGCAAGAGCUCCGCGACGAGGAGGAGGCGCCGGGGGGCAGCAGGACCCCGAGCGCCGCCUGGGCGAGGCUGCGGGACGGGCGCGGCGUGGAACCCGAAGACCUGGACCGGCCCGGCUGCUUCUCGCCCCCGGCCCUGGUCCGCCCCGUCCGGCCGCCGCGCGAAGAGGAGGAGCGGCUGGAGAUCAGCCUGGAGCAGCGCGAGCAGGUGACCAACGAUGAGAUGUGUGAAGUGUGCGAGGUGUGGACGGCCGACAGCCUCCUGCCCUGCCGGGUUUGCACCAAGGUCUACCACGACGGCUGCCUGCAGCGCAUGGGCCUGCUCUCCCCGGCCGAGGCCUCCGAGGCCAUCGAGGCAGCCCACUCUGCGGUCGGAUGGAGCUGCUACCACUGUGAUAACCUGAACUCGCUGCUCACUGAAGAGGAAAUGGGCUCCCUCUCCGAUGCCUUCCAGCAGAGCAACAUCGCACCCAAGAGCAGCCUGAGCCUGGAGGACUUCUUGCGCUACAAGGGCCUCGGGGGGCAGCCCAGCAGCAAGGAAGAAAAGGAACGGCAGUCCCUGCAGUUCGGGGCCCUGGACCCCAGGCAGAAGGGCCACAUCACCUGGAUGGACUUCCUCUCCCAUGAAUCCCUGCUGCUGCUGCAGAGAACGCGCACGCAGGAGGGGCUGCUGCACCUGCUGACGGGCAAGGAGAGGGAGCGGGCACGGGAAGCCUUCCUGGCCCUCAACCAGCAGGGGGAUGGGCUCAUCAGCCAGGACCAGAGCCGGCACUCCCAGCACGCUUGGUUCCGAAAACGGCAUCCAGGGACAGCCUCCUCCAGCGCCAGCGCCAGCCAGGCGGAGCCUGUCUCUGAAGGCAACAGCCAAAAGCAGGAGGACAAGAAGCUGCCCGGAGAAGAGCCAGGGGAAGCAAGCAGGACCGUCACCUGGCCGGCCUUUUUGAGAGAAAGCACGGUCUACAUCCUUGCUGCCCGGCCCAACAGUGCCGCCAUCCAUCUCAAGCCAUCGAUGUGAGGCCCUUUGGCGGAGCCAGGAGACGGCCAGACGGGCCUCCUUGGAUGAGUCAAAGGAAGGAGCUUCUUGCCAUCGUGACAGAUAUUGGACUGGCUGCCCCAAAGUGCCGGAGGCCCCCCAGGAGCUGCACCCCCUGCCAGGACAAUCACAGGAGGGCUGAUGGAAGCCCCUUUGCCCUCCGGGCUCCCUCUGGAUAUCCUCCUCAACCCCUUUUCAUCAGUGACUUCAGCCUCCUCUCUGGGGAGCCAAAAUGCCAGAGCUUCCAGGUUUCUUCCGUUUCCCCUUUGGUUUUGCAGUUUGUUCUGAUCAGCUGGAGGGACUCUGAAUCCGGAUAUUCCGACAGUAUCCCGGCCUCUGGAAAUGAAACUGGAGCAUCCAUCAGCCCUUCCCCUCUUCACGGCAAGGCCAAGCCAAGUGUUUUCUGAUUGGCCAAGAUGGAUGGAGCUCAGCAGCUCAGAGAGAGAGAGAGAGAGAGAGGGAAACUGAGGCCGGCAUCACUGCAGACUCUGGUUUCUGGCUGGCCAAGGAAACCAGGCCACCGCAUGCUGGAUUGUUUUGGCACUCCAGUGCACCAAGCGCAUUCACCCUGGAGCUUCUGGGGGGCUGACUGGGAACCAGCUUCACCCAUUGCAGCCCCCUCCCUUCAUUGUUCCUUUGCCAUUCGGUCUUCCCACGGAAAGUGGGGCCGGAGCAGUUCCAGGUUUUGAGAGCUGUGUGCUGGCCCAAUCUUGCUCCCAAAGAGAAACUGCCUUUGCCACCUUGGAGGAUGCCAGGUCUACCCCGGCACAGUCUGCCAGGAGCACAUUCAGUGGUUGCCUUCCCCCCUCUCUCCUUCUCUCACCAGCCCAGGAGGAGCUGAUCCCACCCAGAGGAGCCGGGGUGUUUUCAUGUCUCAGCAAGAACAGCUUCUCCUCCGGAGAGCCCCUGCCCUGGAGCUCAGCCCCAAACCUCCCGUCCUGCUGGCAGAGAAAAUGUCUCCUGCCAGGGCAGCAGCGUUGCCAGCCAGUGAAGCCCCCCCCCCCCUUGGCUUGUCUGCACCCGUGAAUCAAAGGGCCCCCCAACAUGAUUUAUCCCUGCGUUUCCUGCCCUUCCUCCAGCCUCUUGGGGGGUUUGAAGAGUUCUGGAAAUCAUUGACUGUAUUUGGGGGAGGGGAGGGACUUAGAAACCUUCACCAUCUGCAUGCAAAUGGGGGGGGGCAGAUUGGAUUCCCAAGUUCCUCGGACCCCCCCAAGCCGAGGGGCAGGGCAGGCCCUGUGGUCAGGUUCCCUCUGUAUUGCUCCGUUUGAACAUAGAACAUAGAAGAACCGAGUUGGAAGAGACCUCGGAGGCUCAAGCAGGAGAUCUUACAUCAUCCCGGACAAAAGGCUGCCCAGUGUCUUCUGGAGCCCCCAGGACUUCCGAAGGGAAGCUUGUUUGGCUUUGGCAGCUAGUUCUGCAGGUCGUGCCUGAACAUUAACACCCCGAGGUGGACACCUGGUGAAUCCCCGCCUGAGGUCCUGGCUGACCCGGUGGGCUUAAUCCCCUCUGCAUCCUGCCUGCAGUGGCCAUUCUCAUUUUGUGGGAGAAGCGGAACCCCUGCGUCUCCUUGCAGAAUUCCCAUGAGGCUUGGGGUUCAAAGGGAAGAAAAACUUCAGAUCAAAGCCAUAAGGUCGUCCCAGACCAGCAUCCAAGAAAAACCUGGUUUGUUGGGAAGCAGCUGGUUCCUUGGGGUGAAGUUAAGAGGGGGAGGGGCUGGAAGUCUCCUUCCUAGCAAAACUGAACGUUGUGUAGAACAAGGGUGUCAAACUCGAUUUCAUUGAGGGCCGUGUCAGGGUUGUGUUUAAACUCGGGGGGG